CCCCCUGGAUUCUCGACUCUGUUAGUUUCACUUUCUAUAAAUUUGCGUAAUAAACGGUACGUAUAACUAAUUCAAAUGGCAGAAGCUCUCGGGGUUAAGAAUCCGAAGGGUCUAUCUGCAACAAGAGAAGUAUAGAGAGUGUAUGCGCAAUUUGGCGAUAGUAUUAGGGAUCUAUCCAUAACUAACCCUUAUAUAAAUCACACAAGGAGGUGGAGAUACCACUCGUACAAUUCUGAAGAAACUAGGGAUCAGCAAAUGGAGGUGAUGGGGUUGGAUGCAGUACUGAGUGAGGCAAGAGAGGCGUUUGAGAGUGGGAAAACAAAGGGCUUGGCCUGGAGAAAAUCUCAGCUCGCUGCUCUUCUGAAGCUGCUACAAGAGACCGAGGAGGAUAUUUUGAGGGUUCUGAAAGAAGAUCUUGGCAAGCACAGAGCUGAAGCUUUCAGGGAUGAGGUAGGACUUGUCAUGAAGUCUGUCAAGUGUCAUCUAGACAAUAUCAAGAAAUGGAUGGCUCCCACAAAGAUUGCAGUUCCCAUCGGCGCUUUCCCAACAACUUGUGAACUGGUGCAGGAGCCCCUUGGAGUUGUUCUCAUUCUUUCUUCUUGGAAUUUACCUAUAGGACUUUCCUUGGAGCCACUUAUUGGAGCUAUAUCAUCUGGAAAUGCAAUAGUCCUAAAGCCUUCUGAACUUGCUCCAUCAUCAUCUGCUUUCUUAGCAAACACUAUCCCUAAGUAUCUGGACUCCAAAGCUGUGAAGGUCGUUCAAGGGGGCCGAGAUAUUGCAGAGCAGCUGUUGGAACAAAAAUGGGACAAAAUAUUCUUUACCGGAAGCAUGAAGGUGGGACGAGCUGUGAUGACAGCAGCGGCGAAACAUCUAACACCAGUUGCGCUCGAACUCGGGGGUAAAUGCCCGGCCAUUGUAGAUUCUCUCUCAGGCUCCAGAGAUAUGAAGGUCAGCGCGGAUCGAAUAGUUGCAGGAAAAUGGGGCCCUUGCUAUGGUCAAGCUUGUGUAGCCAUUGAUUAUUUGCUCGUUGAAGAGAAAUUUGCACCCACCCUGAUUGAACUGAUCAAGGGAACGCUGAAGAAAUUUGACAUAAAACCCGAGCGCUCAUCAAGGAUUGUCAACAAGCAUCAUUUCGAGAGGCUGAGCAACCUGCUGAAGAAUCCUUCGGUUAUGUCAUCAAUCGUGCACGGUGGUUCCGUGGAUGAUAAGAACCUGACUAUCCAGCCGACUAUUCUGGUAGAUCCCCCGCUGGAUGCUGAAAUCAUGACCGAAGAGAUAUUUGGUCCGUUGCUUCCAGUUAUCACUUUGAAGAAGAUUGAGGACAGUAUUGGCUUUAUAAGGGACAGGCCGAAGCCUCUCGUUGUCUAUGCCUUCACCAAGAAUGAGAAACUGAGGAGACGAGUCAUCGAUGAAACAUCAUCAGGGGCGGUCACUUUUAACGACACCCUAUUACAGUAUGCUUGUGAUACGAUACCGUUUGGAGGAGUCGGUGAGAGUGGAUUUGGGAAGUAUCACGGCAAGUUCACAUUUGAUACAUUCAGCCACGGCAAGCCAGUCUUGAAAAGGGAAUUCUUGAACGAGUUCAGUUUCAGAUAUCCGCCAUGGAAUGGGCAGAAGAUUGAACUAAUGAGGCGAAUCUACAACUACGAUUACUUGGGAUUUAUUCUGGUGUGGCUCGGACUUAAGAGAUGAUGAUCAAUCUCUACAUGUAUCUGAUUGUUUGAUGAAUACUGCUAUCCUUUUCGUUACUGAAUAAGCUUCGUCGAAGUAGCGCAUUUCCACAUGUCCAUGUGCGAAGUAACACGUCGAUUAGAGCAUGGAAAUAGAAUUUGUACGUGCAAGUUUCUUCAGUUUCAGUUCUAUAAAGUGACAAUACUGGCAGAAUUGAACCCUCCAA